AUGUUUUACGGAGCGAUGGUCUGGGAUCCGUGGCUCAUAGUGGCACAAAUCGCGUGUCUACAGUCGUUAUUCUACCUCUCUCUCGGCGUUUUCCUGUGGCUCUUCGUCGGGUCGCACGUUCCGCGAUUCACGCUCAAGUAUUUCUUCGACUACUCUGUGAUUUCGCCGUCCAGCUUCGUCGGCUGGUGCUGCAUAUUCGCGUUUCUGGCAAACGCGUUUGUAGGCGCCUUCUAUCUGGUAGUGGUGGUGGAGCGAACCAAAAAGUGUCUCGACUUCGCAGCCACGGUGCAUCUGCUGCACGCGCUGCUCUGCCUACUCUACGAGGAGCAGCAGGGUCGAGUCAAGUCUAAGUGCUCAAAGGUUCUUAGCAAUCUGCGUCAGCAGAAUGGCAGUCUCCACCUUGAAUUGCAUACAUGGACUUUUGAGGCGCCAAUAAAAAAGCUUCUCCCACCCACUGGCUGUUCAGGAUCUUAG